ACUGUACACAGGUAAACGCAGAAGAACCCCGUCGUCUGCCGUCUGUCUGUUUAUUCGCUGUCUGUAUGCUCAGAGGGGGAAUACCGAAAAAGGGAAAACAGGCCAACCAUUCAUUUCAUUAUCCAGAAAAAUCACUCAACAAAAUGUCCAAUCAUUGAUUUCAAAAAAGGAUACAUUGCCAAUUUUUCCGUACCAUUGUUUAAUUUUCUACAAUUGAUGCCUGUUUCUGAAUUUGUUUAAUUAUAUAAGUGUUCAUUCAUUUAGCUAUAAUUUUUAUUCCUGUGAUAAAUUCAUUUAUAUUUUUCUUUAUCAUCUAACUUGUUGAUUAUUUAUUUGUAAAACAAAUUAUCUGCGAGUCGAUUGUUGAGUUGUACAAAUGGGGCGUGACAGUUUUGCUUGAGUGAUGGAGAGAAUAACUACAUGUCUGAAAUCUUUAUUGGUUGCAGUAAACGCAGACUUACAUUUAUUACUAGCGUGUUUAAUUGUUCUGUAAAUUACACUGAAAGACUAUAAACCCUGAAAUUAAAGGAUAAUACUAAAAAAAAAGAAAAAAAAAGAUUUUAUUGGCCCUUAGUAAACACUAGGCUCAUGGCAAAAUGUGUCCUGUGUCAUUAUCACUUGAUAUCUAAAUAUUCAACAAACUACUGACUCAGGUUUUACUUAUUUAUUCCCCUUUAAGACGACUUUAAUUCAUGAAACGGAAACAAAAGUAGCAAAACCUGUACUGGCUCUUAUCGUCGUGAGCCGCUGACGAGAAUAAGGCAAAUCCUCUCUCCAGUUCACAGUUCAGUUCAGUUUUUUAAGUCAGGCAUUUAGGCAGAGGCGGGAAUAGAGGUACACUCACUUUCAUCAGCAAUUAGUCUGUCUUAUUUUUCUAUAAACUAUUUAUUGUAUAACAUUUCAAAAAGAGUGAAAAUGCCCAGCAGAACCAUACGCUGGGAUGCUUAAAUAGACUGUUUACACCAAAACCCAAAAGUACUCCAGGAACAUCUCAGAAAACAAAUACAUAAGGUGUUUGAUCUUAGGACAAACAGUUUACUUAGUCUUUGUCAUUUCCCCCACUACGCUUUGGCAGUAGCCGUUCGAAGUUGCAGGUGCGUUGAUGUCCGUUGGGCUAAGGCACGUCUUCCGCCAUUUCCUGUUGGUACAAAAAAAGUAAAGUUCGCUAACUUCUUCCUCUAACUGUGAGAAGAGAGUACUGUGAAAGUUAGCAGCACAUACUGUACAGUGCUGAUAUAUUGUGUGGAUUUGGGCCACAGGCUGCCUUUAAAAUGAAAUUGUGAGAUUAUUUCUGUAUAAAUUUGAGUAACUACACAAACCUUUGCACAGCAUUCGAGGCCUGACAUGUGAGACAAAAAUUUAAAAGUUAGUGGGAUGUUUAAGUGUUUUUUACCUUCGGUAUAUACAGAGUGUGGACCUCUAAAUGUGUGAAGUAUUUCGAGUAUCUCGAGUUUUCCAGUAUGUCGGCCACGUAAAGAUGAUAAUUUACCAACUUAGCCUGACAAUUGUGUUAAUUGUAUGUGUGUAUUUUUACAGCAAGUAACCAAAACUCUAACAACACGUGUUGUGUCAUGAGAGGAGCAGAAAUAAAAAAUAAUCCGGAGACAAAUAAAAGUAUUUAAAUCAAAAUUGCAAAACAAUUACUAGCUACACGGCAGCAGCAAGUCUCUCCGAAGUCCGCAGGCAGCGGGAAUCAGGAGUAAUAUCCACAGGCUCACAGGUACUGGGUCUACUUUCUGACUGUGGUUAAACGACCGAAUCCGGCGAGCCGCGAAAGCUCCCAGUUAGUCUCUUCGUACCGAGCGGGCAAAAAUACCAGAAAAAGAAAAAGGCCUACUCAGUCGCUCAUUGUGGGCCAGCAUUGGUACCUGUAGCGCAGCUGUAAGAAGUUUAGCCAACUAGGUGAUGACAGGUGCACGAAGGAGUGGCAGCCCAGUUCCCCAGAUUUCUUCAGAAAAACACGGGGCCUGUCCUCUGUGUCCUCAAAGCGUAAGUUGCGGAUAGUUACGCUCAUUUAUACUUAUUUUGUACUUAACUGCAUUUUCACAUGAAACGCAUCAAAUCUGCAUAUUUCUACAGUGCGCUGUUGCACCGUUUACUGCGAUAAGGAUCUGAAUUCUUCCUCCAGGUCUGGGCACACCUGACUAGAUAUUCACCAUCCGUACAAGGCAAUCUGUGGUUGAUGAGAAACUUUUUCCAUUUAUUCCUCGAUGAGGACAUCAUCCAGCAUGAACUCACUGUUGUUGUUUUUUUUUACGGGCUUUAAAAAAAAAAAUCUAACGUUUGAAACCGUUACCAACAUGAAAACAACUAAAGGAAGUUACAUGACCACAGCAGUAUCCCCUGUACGCGUCGUGUGCGAAUGUGUACGCCCACUUGCGCUGCGAUAUGUAUCAUCUGGACCGCGGAGCACUGUGUCAGACGCCUCUUGUCCCCACCAUAGUUUGCAGUCGCCAUCAGCACAUUUCCAGCUUGUGUAAACACAAUAAGAGCAGGGGUCGCCCUCAGGUCACAUGCACUGUCAGUGGCUUUCAUAGUGGCUCCAUGAAAGUUUAAUUCUGACUGGCACAAAAGCAGCGCUGCGGGCGCAAGGACUGACACAGACACAAGGACUUAAACCCAUUUUUUAAAAAAAUGAAAAAAAAAUGAAAAAGUAAAACAGUUACUUUAGGUCAGUCACGCCUCUGAACUACAUGACACAAGUUUGAGCCGUGAAUUUGCAGCUUCAGUGGAGGCUGUGUCAUGUGAGAGUGAGGGAUUUUGUUUAUUCAACCUUUGUGAUAAGUCUUGAAGCUGUAACCUUGUGCAUGUACAGUGGUUUCCCACACUGUUUUUUUUUUGCUGUCGGUGCCUGCAGCUAUUUGUCUCAAAUGCAAAGCAACGAAUCCUGGACCCAGACGGCACCGGAUGAGAGCUGACUGGUUGUGGUAAAGACAGAAAAUAAAGGAGAGAUAAAGAGAUAUUAUCCUAAUCAUAUGAGAGGGGGUCCGCUGCGCGGAGAUGGCGAUGGUGUGCCUGACUGAUUUUGAGGAGUAUGCCAAGGAGCAUCUCUCAAAGGCUACCUGGGAUUAUUACGCAGCUGGAGCAGACGAGUGCUGCACCCGGGACGACAAUCUGCUGGCUUACAAAAGGAUCCGUCUGAGGCCUCGUAUCCUGCGGGACGUGUCAGCGAGUGACACGCGGACCACAGUGCAGGGAACAGAAAUCAGCUUCCCAGUUGGUAUCGCACCUACUGCCUUUCACUGCCUGGCCUGGCAUGAAGGAGAGAUGGCCACAGCUCGGGCCACAGAGGCACUCAACACCUGCUACAUCACCAGCACCUACUCCACCUGCUCAGUGGAGGAGAUUGUGGCAGCGGCACCAAACGGUUACCGCUGGUUCCAGCUUUAUGUGUACCGGGACCGGAAGCUGUCAGAGCAGAUUGUGCACCGCGUGGAGGCGCUCGGCUACAAGGCCCUGGUCCUCACCGUCGACGUCCCCUACACCGGAAAGCGCCGCAACGACAUCCGCAACCAGUUCAAGCUGCCACCUCACCUCAAGGUUAAGAACUUUGAUGGAGUGUUCCAGGUAUCGCAGGAGACUGCAGGCCCUGAGGAGUAUGGGAUCCCGGCCAACACCUUGGACCCCUCCAUCAGCUGGAAAGACGUCUACUGGCUGCAGUCCAUCACCCGCCUGCCUAUUAUCAUCAAGGGAAUCCUGACCAAGGAGGACGCAGAGCUGGCCGUGGAACAUGGUGUCCAGGGCAUCAUUGUGUCCAACCACGGUGGGAGACAGCUGGACGGAGGCCCAGCUUCGAUUGACGCACUGUCAGAGAUUGUGGACACGGUGCAGGGCAGGAUCGAGGUUUAUCUGGACGGAGGCAUCAGGACAGGAAGUGAUGUACUGAAAGCGCUGGCCUUGGGAGCCAAGUGUGUUUUCAUUGGCCGUCCAGCAGUGUGGGGCCUCGCAUACAAGGGUGAGGAGGGAGUGAGGGAAGUACUGCAAAUCCUAAAUGAUGAGUUCCGUCUGUCCAUGGCUUUGUCAGGUUGCAGGAACGUGGCCGAAAUCAACAGGAACCUCAUUCAGUUCUCCAAACUCUAAGUUGCCAGCACAGGGCGGGACUGAGGAUGAUAACGGCACCUACUGAAGAGGACUCGCUACUGAAUCCAACCUGAAGUGUUGAACAAGAGCCUGAGACUGCAUCAUGACCAACUGAAAGAUGUUCGCCUCAGAACUCAUGUCUUUAUCAUGUCAAGGAAACACGAUAUAUGCAAGCAGCUUCCGUCAUUUGGAAAUGACUUGUGUCUGACAUCCAAUAUGUAUUCAUGCCAAAGUGUAAGAGUGAGAGUGUGUCUUGGGAAAGCUGAGGAUCGCGGCAGAUUUAGCAAAUAAAUAAUCAAAGUGAUUUUGCUUUUAGCAUUGGAGCGCAUGGAGGCGCUUAUCAUGCAACCAACGGUUUGAAAUGCUGCCAGUGCUUGUGGUUUAAUAAACACCUGAUGAGGUGAUGUAGAUUUGUUGUUUUUUUCUGGAUCUGUUAAUCACUGGCGAAAACAGAUGAAGACGUAGCAGAAGUCUGUCUUUUGUUUUUGUUUCCCAAAUGUAGACUCAAGGAGAAUUACGUGGACGGUAAUUCUGUUUUAAUGCAGGGAAGAUUCAAGUGCAGUAGUCUGAUCAAGAGUGUGGGCACACAAUUGCCACAACAUCUUCACAAGAUACAGCUGUUCACUCUAUUGUGUUUUAAUUCCCUAAUGAAAUAUAAUGUAGUCCAAGUUUCCCAAUGAACAGGACAGGAAAACUAACCUGAUCAGUGCCUGAACCUUGUUACAGCUACAGGCCAGAUUCCCACCGGCAUCUAGAAAACACAAUGAACUAUGAAAAAGGUCAAAUGACCGUUUUGUCUAUUGUCUUUGCAUGGGAUUUUGUUGAGUAUGUUACAUGGUUUCAGCUUUCAUCCAGCAAAAGACAUGAAAACACUAUCAAAAAGUAAGAAUAAAUGCUAAAAAAAAGUUUCAGACAGUACAUCUAUCCAUUUGGGUUAUCAUGUUUGUCUUAUCUAGCAAAUCAGAGGCCUGCUUGUUAUUUGUUAACAUCAGUGUUUCGUGAGCCUCUUUCAAAAUACAAGAGGGUAACGUUGCUUAGCCUGUGGUAACCUACAGGGUUUAACUUGGGGUGUAGUGAAAAGCCGGUCUCCACGUAACCGAAACUAAGCACUGUUUCUGUAAAGUACAAUGGCCUCGUUAUACCUUGGUCUCCGUUGCAAACAGAUUGACGCACUGUCAGAGAUUGUGGACACGGUGCAGGGCAGGAUCGAGGUUUAUCUGGACAGAGGCAUCAGGACAGGAAGUGAUUUACUGAAAGGUACGACAGCAGCACUGAUGUUAUUGUGUGUGAUACCCUGUGUGCAUGUGUCUUUUGAGAUUAAUUAUAGCCACAUUAAACUGUUUCUUUUCGUUGAAAUGUUAUCGCUGACAACCAUCUGGCUACCUUGACAUAUUUCCUCUCCUGUUUACAUUCCAACCCACAUGUACAAGCCCCACAUACUAACCACUGUCCUUGACUGCUAAAGUUUAUCCUUAAAAGUCGCCGAUAGUGUUGGAGCCAAGGCCUUGGCCUCGGCCUAAGGUUGACACAGUCUAAACUGUUCUUGACAGUGUAGUUACCAUUUGUUACCAAAUGUCAAUAAAGUCAAGAUUCUGAUGCACUGUGUCUUUUGCAGACAGAAUCAAAAUGAACAACAGCCCUAGUGUGUGGGAUGUAGAGUCACAGUUUACGUAAAUUAAAACGUCUUUAUUUGUCUGGGGUAGUAAAAAAAAAAAAGUAAAUGAAUGGAAAAUGAAGGUUUUCUAGGAGGACAGAACAGUAACAUCUUCCAAACUAAAGUUGAUGUGUAUUGAUGUUGAUUUUUAUAGGUAGAUUAUAGAAUUACAGAUUGUAUUUUGUCUUUUGUAGUAAUUCUUGUUCCUCUGGGUGAUCUCUCAGGGUGAGGAGGGAGUGAGGGAAGUACUGCAAAUCCUAAAUGAUGAGUUCCGUCUGUCCAUGGCUUUGUCAGGUUGCAGGAACGUGGCCGAAAUCAACAGGAACCUCAUUCAGUUCUCCAAACUCUAAGUUGCCAGCACAGGGCGGGACUGAGGAUGAUAACGGCACCUACUGAAGAGGACUCGCUACUGAAUCCAACCUGAAGUGUUGAACAAGAGCCUGAGACUGCAUCAUGACCAACUGAAAGAUGUUCGCCUCAGAACUCAUGUCUUUAUCAUGUCAAGGAAACGCGAUAUAUGCAAGCAGCUUCCGUCAUUUGGAAAUGACUUGUGUCUGACAUCCAAUAUGUAUUCAUGCCAAAGUGUAAGAGUGAGAGUGUGUCUUGGGAAAGCUGAGGAUCGCGGCAGAUUUAGCAAAUAAAUAAUCAAAGUGAUUUUGCUUUUAGGACUGGAGCGCAUGGAGGCGCUUAUCAUGCAACCAACGGUUUGAAAUGCUGCCAGUGCUUGUGGUUUAAUAAACACCUGAUGAGGUGAUGUAGAUUUGUUGUUUUUUUCUGGAUCUGUUAAUCACUGGCGAAAACAGAUGAAGACGUAGCAGAAGUCUGUCUUUUGUUUUUGUUUCCCAAAUGUAGACUCAAGGGGAAUUACGUGGACAGUAAUUCUGUUUUAAUGCAGGGAAGAUUCAAGUGCAGUAGUCUGAUCAAGAGUGUGGGCACACAAUUGCCACAACAUCUUCACAAGAUACAGCUGUUCACUCUAUUGUGUUUUAAUUCCCUAAUGAAAUAUAAUGUAGUCCAAGUUUCCCAAUGAACAGGACAGGAAAACUAACCUGAUCAGUGCCUGAACCUUGUUACAGCUACAGGCCAGAUUCCCACCAGCAUCUAGAAAACACAAUGAACUAUGAAAAAGGUCAAAUGACCAUUUUGUCUAUUGUCUUUGCAUGGGAUUUUGUUGAGUAUGUUACACGGUUUCAGCUUUCAUCCAGCAAAAGACAUGAAAACACUAUCAAAAAGUAAGAAUAAAUGCUAAAAAAAAGUUUCAGACAGUACAUCUAUCCAUUUGGGUUAUCAUGUUUGUCUUAUCUAGCAAAUCAGAGGCCUGCUUGUUAUUUGUUAACAUCAGUGUUUCGUGAGCCUCUUUCAAAAUACAAGAGGGUAACGUUGCUUAGCCUGUGGUAACCUACAGGGUUUAACUUGGGGUGU